UGGAGACAUGGCGGGCCGACAGAUCUCCGCGUUGGCACUGGUGAUAAUCUGCAUUUGUAGCAGCCUCGCGUCGGAGGAGCAGGCCUCAAGAAAACCAAUUAUUAGAGUGCAACAAGGUUUGCUGAAGGGAAAAGUUUUAGCUUCUAUCCGAAACAAGACAAAGUACGUGGCGUUUCUUGGAAUUCCGUACGCCAAACCUCCUGUCGGUGACCUCAAGUUCAAGGACGACUGUCUCUUUCUCAACGUCUUCACGCCAAAGUUACCUCAUGACACAGCCGAAAUUCUCAGGCCUGUGAUGGUGUUCAUUCACGGUGGGGCCUUUUACUUCGGGUCUUCAACCACUAGUUUGUACGGCGCGGACUACUUGGUCGUUGAAGGAGUUGUCUUGGUUACCAUCAACUAUCGCUUAGGUGUACAAGGGUUCUUGAGCUUAGAAAAUGAGGAGGUUCCUGGAAACGCCGGUCUGAAGGAUCAGACGAUGGCCCUGCGCUGGGUUCAGAACAUUGCGCGGUUUGGAGGGGAUCCUGGCAACGUCACCAUCUUCGGACACAGCGCUGGAGGUGCCUGCGUUCAGUAUCACAUGCUGUCUCCCAUGUCUAAAGGGUUGUUUCACCGUGCAAUUGCACAGAGUGGCUCCGUUUUAAAUUUCUGGGCCUUCACGAAUUCUUCCAAGCGAAUGGCAUUUAAAUUGGGCGAGAAGCUUGGUGUGAAAACUGACGACCCCCGGGAACUGUUGGAGCACCUCAGGAGUGUCAACACAACGCGUCUAACGGAGGUUUCUCACGAAGUUCUCACUCCAGAGGAAAGGCCGUUGCUCUUCGGAUUCCCGUUCCUGCCCACGACCGACACCGAGUCCGGCGAAGAAGAAAUAUUUCUUCCGGCUCCUCCGAGAGAAAUGCUGGACUCCGGGAAAUUUGCAGAUGUGCCUCUGAUUGCAGGGGUCACUUCUCUCGAAGGCUUGUUGGCUCGCUACAUCUUGCGACAAAACUCAUACGCCCUGGACUCGCUGGACAAGGAAUUCGAACGAGCUAUUCCCGAGGACUUUCCGGUGGCCAGAAAUACAAGCAAAUCACAUGAAAUUUCUGAUAUGAUCAGGAAGUUUUAUUUCGGAGAUCAACAUGUAUCUGAAGAAACUUUUCUACGUUUCGUUGAUGAAAGGCCGUUGCUCUUCGGAUUCCCGUUCCUGCCCACGAGCGACACCGAGUCCGGCGAAGAAGAAAUAUUUCUUCCGGCUCCUCCGAGAGAAAUGCUGGACUCCGGGAAAUUCGCAGCUGUGCCUCUGAUUGCGGGGGUCACUUCUCUCGAAGGCUUGUUGGCUCGCCACAUCUUGCGACAAAACUCAUACGCCCUGGACUCGCUGGACAAGGAAUUCGAACGAGCUAUUCCCGAGGACUUUCCGGUGGCCAGAAAUACAAGCAAAUCACAUGAAAUUUCUGAUAUGAUCAGGAAGUUUUAUUUCGGAGAUCAACAUGUAUCUGAAGAAACUUUUCUACGUUUCGUUGAUAUGAUUUCGGAUGUUUGGUUCGUGAAGGAUGUCAACGACGCAGUCGAACAGAUAACAGCGGUUUCCACCUCGCCAGUUUACUAUUACGAGUUCUCAUUCAGCGGAGCUUUCGGAAGAAUGAAGAAGCGUCUAGACGUCGAAAAUCUACCGGGGACAACGCACGGGGACGAAUUGGGAUACCUGUUUAACUACGCGCUGUCACCGAGUCCGAACGUUCUGGGAUCCAACGACCCUUCCGUGGUGACUCAGGACAGAAUGGUUAAAAUGUGGACAAAUUUCGCCAAAACUGGGAACCCCUCGCCAGCCGAAGACCCACUGCUGAAUGUCACGUGGGCACCGUACACCGUCGAUGAACACUCGUACCUGAAUAUUGACCAGGAGCUGAGCUUGCAGCACGACCUCAAUAAACACCGACUACAGUUCUGGAAAGAUCUGUAUAAAUCUGCGCGACAGAAAAUAGUGAUGUGACCAUUUCAGUAAUUGCAUCUGAAGCAUUAAAUUGAUCUGUGAAGCUACGUAAAUACUAGCAUGCAAAACGUUGUAACUUGACAGCUUUAAACACCGGUCCUGCCACCAGAAGAUGCCCAUUUACAUAAUCAGAACUUCCACACGCUUAAUUAAUCGGAACGGUAUUGAAUGAAACCAAUAAUGUACUUGUCUCUUCUAGCGAUGUUAAUUUAUUAGGCGAAUUCUUAUGCAGGUUACCACAAAGAACAAAGCAUAGCAUUAUAUCCGCCCCGUCAAUACAUAUUUCUCCAUCGGGCCUGCUUUCAUUGGGGGAUGACAAAUGCGUGUAGAGUUUUGAUGGACAGCCACAAGGGAAGAAACCAUUCUAUCAGACCUACACGCAGAUGGCACGACAAUAUUAAAACCGAUCUUAAGGAAAUCAUGUUUGAGGGUGUGGUCUACGUUCUUCAUUUUGCUAGGGGUCGGCGCCACACGAAAGUCGGAAAACGCUGCGAUGCCAACGUCGUUUGGUUAAAAUCAGAUCCUGACUACGACAACCCGUCUACGGCGUCCUCAGCCUCUUCAGAAAGAUAAUUUGAAAUUGUGCCGAUUAGACGUUCGUUCACACGGCUACAAGCAUUUCCAGCAGCAAAGUAUGCUUCUUUAUCUAUAUGACCUCGUCCUUGCCAUCCUAUUUCUUGGAGUGCUACUACAUCCAGUUUAUAUUUAACAAUUUCGUUUCCUAUUUCAUUCAUCUUUCCUGGUCUUAGCAUGGUUCCCACGUUCCAAGUUGCUAGAGUUAUAUCGUUUUUCCUUGCCAACUGACGAAGAACUGUUUGAGAAACCUUCCAAAAAGAAAAUGCACAAGAAGAAAUCUUAUCAUUAGUGUUUGUGUAGUCACAUCUUGAUUUUCACAAAUGAAUAAAUUCAUGUCACAUGUGUAUAUAAGCUGGAA